AUGCUGCCGGGACGAAGAAGAAGGCGGCCUAACCCCGGUGACGGGUCCCGGGGGCAGACCGUGCUAAGUAAAUUCUUCCCGCCGGUGGCAUCUUUGCAGCGCUGCAGCUCAUCUGAGGAGGUGGAAAAGGAAAGCCCUGAAGCCUCUGCUCGGCAUACGGCUAUUGAACCUGAUAGCAAAAAGAGAAAACUGGUAAAGAGCAAAGAAUAUAAUGACAAGUCCUCAAAGUCUCUACAGGGUAGAAAAGAAGAGACUAAUACUGUGGGUUCGCAGAACACAGGGGGAACAAAGAAAUGUAUGCACUCUGAAAUAUGCUCAGAAACCUUUGAGAAAUUGAGAGCAUUUAGCCAUUUGGAGCCUCCAAGAAACAGAGUUCCUUCAGAAGCUUUUCAUGGAAAAGAGUCAGUAGAUUUGAAAAAAUGCCAGCGUUCUGUGACUGGAAACAAUAAAACAAAUGAUUCUUCACAUCCCCCAGAAAUCAGUAAGGGAAGAAAUACCUCCCGGUUUUUUACCAUGAAUAUGAGAUUUGAAAACACCCCAAAUACAUCAGAUACAACUUUUAAAAAAACAACCAAAACUGUAUAUACACCUCUUGAGCUCCAGUUCCUAGAACUAAAAAAACAGUAUAAGGAUGCUAUUCUAUGUAUUGAGUGUGGUUAUAAGUACAGAUUUUUUGGAGAUGAUGCAGAGAUUGCUGCUAAGGAGCUGAAUAUAUAUUGUCAUAAAAAUCACAAUUUUAUGACUGCCAGCAUACCAACGCACAGACUGUUUGUUCAUGUUCAUCGUCUUGUAGCAAAGGGAUAUAAGGUAGGAGUAGUAAAGCAAAUGGAAACCGCUGCUUUGAAGUCUGUGGGAGAGAACAAAAGCUCUCUUUUUACCCGAAAAUUAACUUCACUAUAUACAAAAUCCACAUUCGUAGGAGAAGAUUUGAAUCCCUUGCUGAAAUUGGAUGAUUCAAUGGAUGCUGAGGAAAACCCAUCUAAUGUCUGGGAUAAUUAUCUUCUCUGCAUUUCUGAAAAUAAAGAAAAUUUAAACCAUAAGAAUCACAACAUUGUUCUAGGCGUAGUGGCUGUCCAGCCUACUACAGGGGAGGUUCUCUUUGACAGUUUUCAAGAUUCUGUAGCUCGUUUAGAGAUGGAAAAUCUAAUACUACGUCUGCAGCCAGUUGAGAUUAUUCUUCCUAGAGAUGUGUCAGAUCAGACUGAGAAGCUUAUAACUAGUAUGACCUCUGUAUGUUUACAAGAUGACAGAAUACGAAUUGAAAGAAUGAAAAAUGAACAUUUUGAAUACAGAAGUGCUUUUAAGAUGAUUACAGAUUUCUAUGGCAGUCAGAUACUUGAUGGCACAGGUUGCCAAGCAUUGUCCCAGAUUUUAAAAUUUGAUAAGCCAGUGUUGUGCUCCUUGGCUGCUGUAAUCUUGUAUCUUAAAGAAUUCAAUUUAGAGAAGAUACUCUACAACCCCAGUAAUUUUAAAAAGUUAUCAAGUGAAGAUGAAUAUAUGACACUAAAUGGAGCUACAUUAAAGAAUCUUGAAAUCUUGCAGAAUCAAACUGAUAGGAAAACAAAAGGCAGCCUGUUCUGGAUCUUGGAUCAUACAAAAACUUCAUUUGGACGACGAAAACUAAAGAAGUGGGUGACGCAACCUCUCUUGAAAUCCAGUGAAAUUAAUUCCCGACUUGAUGCAGUGUCUGAAGUUCUCUUCUCAGAAUCAAGUGUUCUUGGUCAGAUCAAAUCUCUCUUACAUAAGGUUCCAGAUGUUGAGAGAGGAAUCUGUAGUAUUUAUCAUAAAAAGUGUUCCGUUCAAGAAUUCUAUUUGGUAGUAAGCACACUCUCUCACUUGGAAACAGCAGUCAAAGCACUGGUUCCAGCUAUACAUGCUCAAGUACGGGCAUCCUUGCUGCAUAAGAACCUCUUGGAAAUUCCUGAAUUGCUUAGUUCAACAAAAAGAUAUUUAAACAUGCUUAAUGAAGAAGCAGCAAAAAUUGGGAACAAAACUGAACUGUUCAAGGAUCUGGAUGAUUUUCCUUUAAUAAGGAAGAGAAAGGAUGAGAUUCAGGCAGUACUUUGUCAGCUCCAGAAUCAUAUUCAAGAUGUACGAAGAAUGCUAAAUUCCUCCUCUGUGGAUUAUGUAUCAGUAUCAGGACAAGAGUUUCAGAUUGAAGUUAAAAAUUCAGCUGUAUCUUCCAUACCAUUAGAUUGGAUUAAAGUUAGCAGCACAAAAGUUGUGAGCCGUUUCCACACUCCUUUUAUUGUAGAAAAUUACAGAAAGCUAAAUCAGCUACGUGAGCAGCUGGUCCUUGACUGCAGUUCUGAAUGGCUAUGUUUUUUAGAUCAUUUUAAUGAACAUUAUCACGCACUCUAUCAAGCUGUGGGUCAUCUAGCAACUGUGGACUGUGUUUUUUCCAUGGCUGAGGUUGCCAAACAAGGAGAUUAUUGCAGACCUGUCAUAAAAGAUGAAAGAUCAGAAAUAAUGAUAAAAAAUGGGAAACAUCCUGUGAUAAAUGUGUUACUGGGAGAGCAAGAGCAAUAUGUUCCAAAUGAUACAUUCUUGUCAGAAGACAGUCAAAGAGUAAUGAUAAUUACUGGACCUAACAUGGGUGGAAAGAGCUCUUAUAUAAAACAAGUUGCAUUGAUUACUAUCAUGGCACAGAUUGGUUCUUACGUACCAGCUGAAGAAGUCAGAGUUGGUAUUGUGAAUGGUAUAUUCACCAGAAUGGGUGCCACAGACAACGUAUUUAAAGGUCGCAGUACAUUUAUGGAAGAACUAACAGAUACAGCAGCAAUUAUUCAAAAAGCAACUUCACGUUCACUAGUAAUUUUGGAUGAACUGGGAAGAGGAACUAGUACACAUGAUGGAAUUGCAAUUGCUUAUGCUACUCUAGAACAUUUCAUUAGGAAUGUGGGUUCAUUGACACUAUUUGUUACCCAUUAUCCUCCACUAUGUGAGUUGGAAAAAGCCUAUCCAACCCAAGUUGGGAACUACCAUAUGUCUUUUUUAGUGAAUGAAGACUAUAGUAAACCAGAAGAUGAUUUUGAAGAACAAAAUCAUCUUGACUUUGUCACUUUCCUUUAUCAAAUAACUAAAGAAGUUGCUGCAAGAAGCUAUGGUCUAAAUGUUGCUAAACUAGCAGAUGUGCCAAAAGAAAUUCUUAAAAAGGCAGCUCAUAAAUCAAAGGAACUAGAGAGAUCAGCUAAUAUGAAAAGAAAAAUGUUGACGUGUUUUGCUAAACUAUGGAACACUGAUGACAUUGGAGAACUUCGAAGAUGGAAAAGUGUGUCUGAAAUAGAUAAUGAUUCCAGCCAAUUUAAAAAUUCCAGAGAGCCUGCCAACUGAAAAUGGAAAUAGCAUAAAUUCUCACAAAAAGAAAUAGAUGUCCAUAAAGUGAAAUUUUAGAUCACUUAUGGAUAUAAUGAUAGAUUUUUAAUAACAAGGCCUGUUUUACAUAAUCAUUUUGGUGUUUAAUUUCUGUAAACUAACUUUAAGAAUGAGUUAUGUAGAACGGAAUAUGUAAGCUAAAAUGGUAUAGCUAUUGGGAGCAUCAAGUAUCCCCCUCCCCAAGUUAAAAGCCACUUACAGGGCCUUUCCUCUUACUCUAUUUUCAUAAUGAAAAUUAUGUAAUUUUCAUCCAGAUUGGCAUUUGCAGAGUGGAAAGAAAUGUACAGGUAACCAAAAGGUACUUCCGUGUUCUUUCUCCUCAGGAUAAUAGCUUGGUGGGGGAGUUUGUUUAGGAAAGUAUGUGGAAUAUGAAGCUCCUUUUCCCCAGUACCAUGGUGGAAUUAGUUUGGGAGAUACCCAGAGCUGUUUUUACUUUUAAAGCAAGUGACAGAUUUCCUGUCACCUUGUCAGGCUCUUAUAAUCAGAAAUCAUUGCAAAAUACAUGUUUUACACUAUGUUAUCUUGGUGCAGUCAAGGCCAAACAUUAAAGCAAAAAUGGUACAUGCUGUGUUAUUUAAUUUCAGUGAUGUUUUAUACUAAACUCUGAUUCUUAAUUUUUCAAAUUGCUUCCUAAAAUCUGGUGACUUUAUGCACUGAAAAUAAAAAAAUUGUUACAUUCUUCUACAUUAUGUCUCCAAACAUCAGAUUUCCCCCCUAAAACUAUUCCUUAGUAUAUAUCUGAAAAGUAUUUUCCUACUUGGUUAAUUAUGAUUGUUGAUGGAAAUAUGAAAAUUAUAUAACCAUAAAUUAUAUUGAAAUAAAUUUCUAUUUAUACAUGACUGUAAAAGAUGUGUUCAUUUCU